AUGGGCCCCGCUCCUUCACACCUGCAGUCACUCACGAUUGAUUAUCUCAUAAAAGAAAACUCUGCUGAAUGGAAUUUAGACAGAGUCAGAGCAGUGCUACUAGUACAUGAGAGGGAGAUCUUGCAGCUUAUCCCGAGCUCCUCUGGUGCACAAGACAAGUUCAUAUGGUUCCCCACAUCCUCGGGGGAGUACACAACCAAAUCCGGAUACACUGAAGCGGUGACUACUUCGGUACCACCCCCAAAUCCGGACCACGACAACCUUCGAACAAACUGGCAAUCAGAUGUUUGGAGGGGACUACGCCGAGUGAAAGAUCUGAUCUGUGCGCACCAAGUCGGAAGCCCCCCGGUCUACCCGUGGACCCUCUGGGCCAUCUGGUCAGCCAGGAACAAUAGAAUCUUCAAAAAUCAGAUCUUCUCGGCUGCAGAAACAGCAACAAAAGCACUCAGCGACGCAAAAGAAUGGUAA